AUGGCUCUCAUGGCGAAUGAGCAAGCUAUGGAGGGUUUGAAACUUCAAGCCCGAAAAUGCAAAGAUUAUGUCCAAAAUAUUCUCUUCGGGAGUCGCCAGAGAUAUGCGAAUGAAUUGACGUCCGACAACGGUAUCAACGCGGCAAGAACCCGGGCUAGGGCUUACGCGGAACCAGUUGAUGUCCAACUGUCGUACAUCAAUGACUCACACCUUAUUUUGACAGCCGUCCAUUGCUCUCGCCUUAAUUCUUGCAUGAACGAUCUGGAGGGAGAACUUUCCGUCUUUUCGCACAGCAUUCAGGACCGCAACUUCUACGAGAGUUUCUGCGAGGUUCUCGGUUCCUGGAUUUUCCAAUUUGACCGAUACUGGGGUUUAUAUGCUCUUUAUGAGGCUAGUGUGAUGCCGGACCUGGCCAAAGUUGCCAAACUGAUUCGGGAUCUCAUCGACCCGUCUAAAGUCAUCGACCCGUAUCAAGAUGAAAAUAUCGAGACUUUGAGAGAGGACGAAGCAGCAGCACGUGCUGUAUGUAUUCCCAAUACAACGGUCCGUUACAUAGACCAACAAGACACAGAGAUCCGUUGGAUUUUGGACGGCCACUCAGUGCUCCAUGUGUCGAGCGAUCUUGGUAACAAUAGCCCAUUUUUUGAUGAUAGCAUGUCAGCUAUGGAUCUCUUGAUUAAGCUCAGAUAUGCGUCAUUCUUUUCGACUUCUUUGAUGGAUUCUAUUAGCAUUUUGCAACUUCAAGACCAGAACCUGCCAGCGAACUGGACGCCACUGAUCUUCCAGACACUCGUUUCAAAUGAGCCCCCGACUACCCUUCGAAAUCUUUUGGUACAGUCGGGUAGUCUUGAUCAGGAUUAUCUCCGGCUUCCAGAGAACGCGUUGGAUCUUGCAAAGGGGCUUGCCGAAGCUGUCCACGGUUUACAAAUCUGUGGAGUUGACCAUGGCCAGAUUACACCGGACUGUAUCCUUCUCACUCGGGGACCAAAGAACAAGUUCCAAGUGGCACUUCAUGGCUUUGAUAUCACGCCCAGCGAUGGCAUCUACUGGACUGGAGUAGAUGGCCCUUAUACAGUUCCUGGUCUUUAUCAUAUGGAUUCUGAUAACCAGGCGAUGUGCGAUUCUCUCAAGAAUGAUAUCCGCAACGUCGGUGUGUGCCUACUUGAGAUAGGCAUGAGUGCCUCCUUUCUCAGAUAUCAGGAACAUGAUACCACCCCUGGAGCCCUUUGGACCGUUACUGGUACGACACUGUUUCCUGGAGCACCGGCAAACCAGUCACAGCAAGAAGUUUGCUCACGUCUGAUUUCCAUGGCCGAUGCCCUCAACACAGGAUUGGGUCCUCUCUAUAUCGAGGUGAUCAAGGCAUGCCUAACUGUAGGAGAGCGAGCAUCUAUUGCAGGCAUCCCAGGAAAAAUCGACUUGGCUAUUUGGUUCGUUGAGGAAGUGCUGUUCAAACUUCAUAACAUUGAUUUUAAUUGA